AUGUCCCACAUGCAAUAUCCAGUGAACGCAAGCGUGCGACAUCACCCAUCAACAGGUAAACAAGGAAGAAAAAAUGCCUUCGAAAUUAUGGCAGGACACCUGAAGAAAGAAUCAAUCAACGACGGCAUUCGCAACCUCAGUGCUCGCAAUAUGCAGCAGCGCUGGAUCGCUUACAUGCGCCGGUUCAAGACAACGCUGAAGACAGUGAAAGUGAGACUGGUCUUGGAUUGA